UUGAUUAUUUGUUUUCUCAAUCGGCAAGCAGAUUUAAAUGAUCCGUUCGGUACGUACCCUACCGCCCUUCUGGCCGCAAUCACCAGCCCUCUGCUCCGAAAAGUAUUUAAUCCCCCUUCUCACCCGCGACUUUUCCUCUCCUCUUCAACCAUCUUACAUUCUACACACCAAACGAUCUCAACUUCUUUCUCUCUCAUCCACAGGAUCGCCCCUUUCCCCUCCCGCCACUCUACCUUCAACCCCAUCAUGGAUCACAACAACAAUCUCACUAUCCGCGCCAAGGAGUCCGAGGACUCUGGCACCACCCACUCCACACAGAACAAUCCCAAGUCUUACUUCGCCAAGAUUUCUGCUAUGGAGAAGGCUUCUCAGAGCAUCAUUCAAUCUUUCCAGAGCGUCGGCCUCGAUCCGAAGUUCAUCGAGUCCUUCGCCCUGCAGCAGAAGUGCGUCAUUGCCAUCGCUCUGGAGGCUGACAACGCGAUUCAGAAAGCGACCAGUGUGACCCAGGAGGAGGGAAAGGUGAUUCAGGACCUGCAAGAGGCGUCGCAGAACGCGGAGAAGGCGGCUGCGGAGGCUCAGGUCGUGGCGUCGGAGACUCGAGUUGCAGUUCUGGAGUUCAAGCUCGCGAACCUUCUCAUCAAGGUCACUAAGAUGGAGGGUGCCCUUGCCAAGGUCUGCCAGGCUAUGGACAACCAGAAGAAGGAUUCGGAGGAGGUAAAGGGUGUCUAAGGAGCCUUGAGGAAUUGGUUCGGGAUUUGCGUACGCCCUUUUAACUGAACGGCCAUUAUUGCAAGAACCAGAAACAGCACAGCAUAGCCUAGCAUUUAUCUAUAGACCUAAGGGGUCUUAAUAGGGAAUACAAUUGGCUCCGCGAUUGCUCUGUGAGCAUGUCUCCUACGCUUGUGAUUUUGUAAUACAUAUCAAAUGAUGCUUAGACGACGUGGCC